UUGGUAGUUGUGUUUCAUUUCUUGAUCUUCUCAUCAACAAUAAGAAUGGUGUUUUAUUCACAUCUGUCUAUCAUAAACCAGCAGCAGAACCCUGUGUUGUACCAUUUAUUUCUGAUCAUCCUCGUCAUGUAUUUUCGAAUAUUAUUCAAGCUGCUCUUCUUCGAGCUCUACGUUAUUCAACGACAUUGGACAUUUUUGAAAAGGAACGUCGUUCUAUUCGAUUGAUGUUGCUCUAUAAUGGGUAUCCAUCCAGGUAUAUUGAUACAAAUUUCAGAAAAUUCUUCGAUCGAUCAUUGUCAAAAUCAUCUAUGAUACCGUUCAUCGCCAACGAGAAUCAAUUUUUAGUUAUGAGAAAUACUUUACUACCUAAACUGACUGUCAAAGAACGAGAAACACAACAUAGAAUUGCAGCUUUUUCAUUCGACGAAGAGAUUGACAAUCAAAAUACAAAAGAAAAAACAACGGGCAGCAGUACAAUUUCAAAACAAAACAAGCCGACUAAAUUCGCAAACACUCUCUUUCUUCAUUAUACACAUGAAAAACGACUACAUAGUCUGAAACGUGAUAUACAUAAGAUUUAUUCAGAAAUAUUUCAAAAUACAAUAGGAAUAGAUUUUCGACUAAUUGUUGGACAUCGAAAUCAUCGUAACACUGGACAUGAGUUAGUUCAAAAACGACCACCUCCAACAAUGUUAAAACCAAUCCCACUUCCCGGUAAGAUUUUUCUUGUUUAUCCAAAACUUUCUCCAAUCUUCAAUCUCACUUUGUUUCAGAUACCAUAA